UUUCACCUACGUCGCUUGUGGCAAUUGUUAAUUAUAACAAGUUAUAAUUAUCUUCAACAGAUACCCAAAAAUCAUGACAACUGCUAUUCAAGACGAAAUCGUUAUCAAUCAACCUGAUAACACACCUAAACACGAUAUCAGUGACGACAAUAACAGCCUCAAUAAAAGCUCAGAUCCCGAUGAAAAAUUAAAUCAAUAUUUCAAUCCCGAAGUAUUGUCUAGGGACAACAACCUAUUUGUCCAAAACCACAACAAAAUCAUCUUUGGUAAGACUUCUGACAACAAAAUCUUCCCGAUUCCUAAGACAAACGAUAUGGUCCAGACCUUGUUCAAUCCCUUUAUCAAAAAAUCCUUAAUUGAUAUCUUAAACGUAAUUUUAUUAUCUUUAAAUUUGAUUUUUUUAUUUUUCUUUGAAAAAUUUUUCGACUUUAAUCCAAAUUUUAAAAUAUACUUUUUCACUUUUUUUUACGUCUUUUGGAGAUUUUCUUAUAAUCUAGGUAUUGGUUAUUUGCUAUAUAAUCAGUCAAAUUAUAACUUCAUCACCGAUUAUUUUGUCAAGAAAAAUCUUUUUAAUUAUAAUUAUAAAGAUACUCCUGACAAUUUUAUUCAGUCCUUUAUUAGAUCUCAAUUAAGAACUAAGAUCGGAAAUAAUUAUAAUUUAUCUGAGCAUCCAAUCGAGUUCAAUUCUUGGAUCCUAUUUAGACAUUUGGUCGAUUUAAUCUUAAUGCAAGAUUUCACUGUUUAUUGUUGUUUGGUUUAUUCUGUUUAUUCGAAUUUAAAUACCAAUUUAUUUGAAUCGACUUUGUUGGAUUUUUUCAGACUAGUUAUUGGGAUAUCCUUUAUUUUAUUCAACAUUUGGGUUAAAGUUGACGCUCAUAAUAUUGUCAAAGACUAUGCUUGGUACUGGGGUGAUUUUUUCUUUUUGCAAGUUAAUAACCAUUUAAUCUUCAAUGGGGUUUUCAACAUGUUUCCUCAUCCAAUGUAUUCGAUCGGUUAUAUAGGUUACUAUGGCUUUGCUUUAUUAACUAAAAGUUACCUUAUUUUAUUCAUCAGUAUUUUCGCUCACUUGUUGCAAUUUUUUUUCCUUUACUCAGUUGAAGAACCCCAUAUUAAUAAAAUUUACGGUGAACCAAUAUCAAUUUCUUCAAUUCAAAUCAAUAAUAUUGAUAACAAAAUCUUUAAAGUAAAACCUUUAUUAAUCUUCAGUAAUUUUAAAAUUAUUAGACCAAAUGAUUCCUUAACUGUUUUAAUUAUCUCAUUGUUAUCACUAUUAUCUUUUAAUUCUAUCAAUAAUAAUUUCCAACUAUUUUUAAUAACUUUGUCGGCAAAGUGUUUUUUCUCAAUCCUUAUUUUUUAUAUUCUUUCAAAUCAAUCAAAGAACCAAAGUUAUUCAAGAAUUUAUCUUAAAUACGAUUUUACCUUAAAUGACGCUUUUAAUGAUUGGUGUGUUUUUUACAACCUAGGUCACUUGGUUGUUUAUACAUUAACUUUUGUCUUGGCCUUUAAGGAAUUGUUUUAUAAUAAUAUUACUACCACUAAUAAUAAUAAUAAUAAUAGCAAUAAUUUAAUGGAUUUCCCCUUAAGACUAACGAUCGGUGUCUUUUUCAUCAUACUAAAUUUAAUUUGCAAUAAAUCAAUUAUCAAUACACUUGGUUUAUUUGGUUGGUUUUAUGGUGAUUUCUUCUUGCCCCUAUCAAAUUUCAGUCAGCCAAAUUUAACAAGAUCUGGAAUUUAUAGAUAUUUAAAUAAUCCUGAAAGAUUACUAGGAAUUUUGGCAAUUUGGGGUCUAACCAUUAUUACUUGGUCUCCAUUUUUUUUCAUUCUAGCAAUGGUUUGGACUUUAAAUCAAAUUUUAUUAAUUAAAUUUGUUGAAGAGCCUCAUAUGAUCAAACUUUAUGGUGAACAACAAGUCUCACAAGAUAGUGGAGUUUCAACUGAAUUUAAAAAGAUUUUACCUAAAAUUGAUGUUUUUGAAAAAAUCAGAACUUAUUCAAUGAGUCAAGAUUUAAACAAAAAUCCAUCCUCUCAAAUUAAAAGUGAAAUUCAAAAAAAUAACAAAAAAAAUAAUAAAUCCAUUAUUAAUAAUAACAGUAAAAACUAUGACCAUGACACUGAUAUUGAUAAUGAUUUUAGCGAUAUAAUUGAUAAAAAGCUUUUCAUUUCCAAAUCUAAAGAUGAAGAAUAUUCAAUUGAAUUUUUAAAUAUGAAAGUGAAUCCAACUUCAAAAUCAUUAUAUAUUAACGUUGGAGAACCAAUUGUUAUUAAAUAUAAAAUUCCGAUUGAACAUGAUAUUAAAGACUGGAUUGGAUUAUACAAGAUUAUUUCCACUUCAAAAUCUAAACAAAAAACAAUGAUACCAUCAAAUGGACACUGGAUUCCUGUUUUAAAGGAUUCAUAUAAGAAUAAGAAAAAUGAGAAAAUUUCAAACUCAUUGGGCGUGUUAAUUGAUAAUAUAAUUGAAGAGGCAAAUGAUGAGAAAAAAAAGUAUAAAAUUGGGUACUUGAAAUUUUAUAAUGAGUUCUUAUAUUUUGAAAAGGGAGUUUAUGAAUUAAGGUACCAUAGAGAUAGUUCACACUCAGUUUUAGUUAUAUCCAAACCGUUUGAAAUUAAGAUUAAGAAAAUUGAAAUUCCAGGAAAUAAGUUCAAUCUUAUACAACAUAAAGAUUUUGAAAAGAUUGAGGAUGAAGAUAUUAAUAAAUUUCAACGAGAUAUUUUGAAAUUGUUACAAAACUUAUUUGUGACUGAGAAUGAAAAGAUUGAUAUUAGUAAUGUAAUUGAAAGUGAUUAUUUAUUAAAUUUUAAUAAUCAAAAUUUCAUUGAGUUGAUUGAACAAAUUAUUAAUACGAAUAACUUAAUUUAUGAUAGUGAUGAGAUUAGGGAAAAACUUGACAAGUUUUUAAAGAAAAUGAGUAAUCUCAUUGAGGAUUCGACAAAUAUUGAGAUUUCCAAUGAAGUUUUAAUUAAAGAUAAAACAUUGAAUAAUUUGUGCAAUAGAUUGAUUGUUAUUAAGAAAGUUUUGAAUGAUUUGUCCAAGUGAGGAGGGUAGUAUUGUAAUUGAGUUACUUUUAUAAAAUCAAAUUUAGUGUAUAUAUACAAACAGUUAAUAGUGUUUUUUUUUUGUUUUAUUUAUGUUAAAAUUUUGCUAAACUAUGUCUAAAUUAUGUUUAAAUUAUGUCUAAAUUCUUUUAAUUUAUAUACUUUUUUUUAGUUAGAUAACUAUUAUUUGGAUUAUAUUUUUGAUUUCAUUUUAAAUUGAUUGAAGGAUUAGUCAUUAGUAAAGACGUGUAAUUUACUGAUUGG